CUAUUCCAUCCUCUGUAAAUACAGCAGGUGCAGCUGGGAGGCGUAGUGUCUAUCCAGGAUGUUCAGCCAGGGAUAUGUUUCUUCUUUCAGCUGGUACGAACAACGGUCGGACCCGUGGGGACCGCAAAUUGAGAAGCAGUCAAUGGGGACGGCCAGCGUUAGAUCACACAAUUGCUGGAGCGGAAACGCCUUCCCCUGAAACCGAUGGGCUUUGUCCACUUAGUGGACCUGUAGAAGAUGGUGUACUAGGUGCACCAAUUCGAAGUACCAGUGCAGCUUCUUCUAGUAGUUGUAGUAGUUUCUCUGCGUUGAAGUCGGAGAAUGUGCAACAUCUUCCGGAUCAUCAUCAUCUGAUACCCGCUUGUAGGUCCUCCUCUAGCUGUAGCACAGCGGUCGGAUGCUUGGGUGGCGAAG